UCUUUCUCCUCCCUGGUACUCCCUAUCGGUGGACGCGCGGGCGCGCGCUUGCGCCUGUGUGAGCGUCGUGCGCGUAUCUGCCCCGAGUCCGCGCCUCGACUUGCUGACAUGGCGUCCUAGCGCUGCACGGGCCAAGUCGCACGUCCUCGGUGGAGAGGCUCUCAACCCCGUCGUCGUCGUCGUCGUCGUCAUCGCUGCCGUCGUCGUCGAAUCGAGUGCAUCUCGAGGAUGCCAAGAUCAACUGCCGAUUUUACCGAGCGACAUCACCUUCGAGAUCUGCACAUCCUCGUCGUCCUCUUCGUCACCACCGCCCCUUGCAGCAACGCCAUUAACGACUACCACGACGACGAUGACGAUGACGACGACGAGGUCCGAAGAAGAUAAUGUUUCUGAGUCAACGACGGGUGCGUACAUCAAGGCUGAAAGAGUAGUCAGCGGCGUACAUUUUCUCACCGAUCGUGAAGAAGAUAGAGCCGAAUUAUUGCUACCGAAAUCAGAAUCGGUUGACAGCGAGCCAGAAGUCAGAAAGCAGCUGCUGGAAUACCUCAUUCAAAACGACGGUUCCGUAGUCUGCAAGUGGUGCGGCGAGGUGCUACCGUCUCGAACCCGUUGGUACAGGCAUAAGUACAAGCUACACGUCUCCACCCAGGUCACUCAGCCAGCACCGCUGUUUAAGUGCCACAGCUGUAACGCCUACUUCAAGUCGCGGAAGGGCUACAUUGGUCAUCUGAGCGCGAGACACUCCGAUAACGAGAACGACGAGAACAGAGAGGAACCGAGUAACAAGAAAUCCAGAAAAACAUCAGAUAUUGGUAAAGGCCCUGAUUGGGAACAACAAAGAGAAAAGGAAGAGAAAUUGGUGGCCGACAUCAUAGAUCGAGUAAAACGAGAAUGCGAGGCCCAGGGUGAGACCGUGACGAGGAGAGGUUAUUCGAGACGAUCUACAGUUAUGAACAGCUAAGGCCAAGCCCUUCGUCCAUUGGUUGUCUUCUUCCUGUGAUUUGAUUCAGAAGACUCCUGUAUAAAGAAUAUCAAAGAAUCCUAUUUGAUUGAGUUCGUUUGGCUCUUAUCUCAACAGAUAAACACAUACACACACACACACACACGUAUACACGCAUAGACGUACCCAAAAUUUUCGAUUACUUAGAGGAACUCGGUAACUCUGAUAAGAUUAAUAUUUUUCGUCGAUUUUUCUUGUUAUCCUCAAGAGAGCCUUUUUCUCGCCAUUCGCAUUCUUGUAUUAUCAUUCUCUACUAAUUACGAGAAACUAUUUUCUGUGUAAACAGGAAAGAGGUACUGGACACUGUUCUAAAAGGAAGUACUCGCGCUUGACUAACAUUCGAUACGAUCUACAAUGCGCUUGAUCGAUAAAAAGAAAAAGAAGUAAUAACGAAAGAAGAACAAAAAAAUAAUAAACGAGACAUUUUCCGAUUCGUCCGUAAAAAAAAAAGAAAAAGAAUAGAGAGAUAAAGAGAGAGAGAGAGAGAGAGAGAGAGAGAGAGAGAGAGAGAGAGAGAGAGAGAGAGAGAGAGAGAGAGACAUUCAGUGCCAAAUAUGUAUCUUCCCGGACGUAGGACGUCUCAUUUUGUAAACUAUUAUUAUGAUUACGAUUAUUAUUAUUAAUUAUCAUCAUCAUCAUCAUCAUCAUCAUCAUCAUCAUUAUCAUUAUUUUUGUUAUUAUUACUAUUUUUUUAUUAUUAUUAUUAU